AACUGCUUCCGCUUCCGGCGGCCGUAAAGCGCUGACAAGCGGUGUCGUGCUGCGGGCGCAGGGAGACAGGAGAUACUGCGGCUAAGGCCUGGGGCGUCUGGAGUGAGGAGCCAUGAUCGAGGUUGUGUGUAACGACCGGCUGGGCAAGAAGGUCCGUGUGAAGUGCAACACCGACGACUCCAUAGGAGACCUGAAGAAACUGAUUGCGGCGCAGACGGGCACCCGUUGGAACAAGAUUGUACUGAAGAAAUGGUACACAAUCUUCAAGGAUCACGUGACCCUGGGGGACUAUGAGAUCCACGAUGGAAUGAACCUGGAACUUUAUUACCAGUAGGGACACACCCCAUCACCAAAAUCUGCACUUUUCUUCCCUUUUUAAAAGCUUAAUAAACUAACUUUGAUGCUGGA